AUGACUUCUCAAAGAGAGUUGGAUAGUCUAGCUGUUGAAAAUUUCAGAACUUAUCUUCGCUUUCAAACCGUCCAUCCAGAUCCUGAUUAUACCGAGGCUGUCAAUUGGCUUCGCAACCAGGGUACUAAAAUAGGAUUAGAGUGUUUUCUUGUCGAAUUAAUUCCGAAAAAUCCCAUUCUCAUUAUGAAAUGGCAAGGAAGUGAUCCUUCUCUCCGUUCCAUUAUGUUAAAUUCUCACAUGGAUGUUGUUGCUGUUGAGCGUGAAAAGUGGACCCACGAUCCAUUUGCUGCUGAAAUGACUCCAGAUGGAAACAUUUACGCUCGCGGGUCACAAGACAUGAAAUCUGUAGGUAUUCAACAUCUUGAAGCCGUUCGUAGACUCAAAUUGGAGGGCUUUGUUCCAAAACGUACAAUCUACCUCACUUAUCUUCCAGAUGAAGAGGUUGGCGGUGGUUGCGGAAUGCAACCUUUUGUGGAAGGAAGAUCACCAUCUAAUCCCAACUCUCCGAAUGACAUUCACUUUGAAGAUAUGAAUGUGGGUCUCUGUUUGGACGAGGGAAUUGCAUCUCCACGACCCAAUGUUUUCUAUGCUUUUUAUGAAGAACGUUCUCCUUGGUGGGUCAAAUUUGUUAUUUCCGGAAACGCUGGUCAUGGCUCAAGAUUCAUCGAGAACACGGCUGUUGAGAAGCUCCACCGUCUUAUAGGCAAGUUGCUAGCUUUUCGAGAUGCAGAAAAGCGCAAGUUGGAAACAAUGGUAGGAAACGAUUUAGCUCUUGGUAGUGUUAUUUCGACAAACAUCACAGUUAUUCAUGGUGGUGUCAAAACAAAUAUUGUUCCUGGCCAGAUUGAGGUUCAAGUCGAUUUUAGACUCCCUCCAACAAUUGAUUUCAACAAAUUUGAGGACCAAUUGAAUACUUGGGCAAAGGAAUCAGGUGAAGGAAUUGAGAUUAUCUACAUUCAGAAAGAUAUGGGUACUACAGGUGAAGGAAAAAUGACAGACAUCGGCAGUCUCAAUGAUCCAAUACUAAGUGCUCUCCACAAAGCGGUUGUUGAACAAAAAGUAGAGUUUGGCAUUUUCUUUGGAUCCACAGACAGUCGUUUCAUUCGUCGAUGGCACAAAUCAACUGGUGGGAAGCCGAUUAAAGCUGUUGGAUUUUCACCAAUGUGUAAUACGCCUGUUCUUCUGCAUGAUCACGAUGAAUUUCUCAAUAAGAAGGACUUAGGCACAACAGGUCAUGGCAAUGUAGAUAUUCCGAUCGAUCGUCAUCCGGGUGAUAUUUGGUGGAACCUUCUAGAGGACGUGAUUUCCCGGCGAUCGGCUGGUCUGCAAACAGGUAUCAGCGGAGGAGCAAAUGACGAUCGUUAUCUGCGCAAAUAUCAUAGAACUUGUGGGCGAAAUGUGAAACCCAUCCAUGCUAUCAGCUUUUCGGCUCUUCGAAAUACUCCAAUUCUUCACCAUAGCAACGACGAAUUUGUUAACAAGGACGUCUUUCUUGAAGGUAUUCAAAUCGAAAUGGAAUUUGUUCGUGAAGCGUCUUCAGUUGGACCUCAGGAAGAUGAUAAUUAA